AUGGACCAACUCAUGCCAGGCAAAACAUCAUCUUCCUCCGAUGACAGCUCAGUAGUGUGUUUCUUUGAGAAACUGCAAUCAGCCUUUCUGGAUGAAUUUGAGAAAGACGUAGCAGGUCUCUCGAUAUCUCUCAAGAAACGGCCAUCGCAAUAUCAGAUUUCGUCCGAAGAGAAAACAUUGGCAUUUGAAAAGGACGCAGCCCAGAAACAAGUAACUUACUCAUGGCCAGGAAAGAGUCCACACGAAGCAUGGAGGUUUAGUUGCGUUCUGCGAGUUCUCUCGCUCAUAUUCGAAGCUGUUCAAGACAAUCUGUUGCUAAGCAAACGGAGUAUUUACUACGACAAUCCCGACCUCUUCGGUACGCAGCAAGUCGUUGAUAGUAUUGUCGAUGACAUUGCAUAUACUAUUGGUGUUGAUCGAUCAGCCUUGCACAUCACUUCAGUCGGCAAAGGGCUGACAGCUGGUGUUGGUCGUUUUACCACGAAAUCAGAGUUUUGUUUUGACACUUCGACAGGAGACGUGCUUAUCCCCCGCCUUGCGGAUAUUGAAAGUAUUGACAUCUCCGAGGUCAAAUGGGUUCUCAUCGCGAUUUUCCGCAGACUUGUCCACAAACGAUACUCUACUGAGAAAGGAAUCCUCAUUACCGGAAAGGGAUAUCCCGACAUAUCCACUCGCGAAUUCGCCCACCUCCUUUCGGACAUUGUAAGCCAGGGAAAGAGUUCUGUUGUCCCCGACCUCAAAGUUGCUUUACCUCCAUCUAGCCCGCAUUUCUUCGCCCUAGUGGAUGGAGAUCCCGAUGGUCUAGCCAUUAUGUCGACAUACAAGUACGGAUCCAUGGCCCAUGCCCACGAGAGCGCUCGUCUCAAUGCUCCAAAGUUGGAGUGGCUGGGAACGCGUAUUUCCGACAUUGUUAGCGAGAAGAACAAGCUUGACAACGACGACUGGGUGACAAUUUCAUUAACACCACGAGACUCCAAGAAAAUCCAAACGAUGUUGGGUAACAACCCCGUAUUUGCUGAAGACGGGCCCCAGCCUGAUUGGCGAGCCGAGCUACAAACCAUGAUGCUGCUCAACAUGAAAGUCGAAACUGAAGUGUUGUAUGGUGUGGAUGGUGGUCUGGAGGAAUGGAUGGAUUCGAAAAUGGCAUCUAUGUGA